UUCCCCUUUCCUCCAUAACAAAAAUUAAUCUCUAGAUUGUUUCUGUGUGUGUUCAAUCUUACUUGCUUGUUUUUUUCUCAACCAUCGAAUUCCAGAUCCUCUCACCAGGAAGUCUAGUUUGAUUUUGAAGUCCCCAAGUAUUUACCAGAGUCAUGGGCAAUUGCUUCUCUGUACAAUGUAGUUUCGAAAAUAUCCUCAUUCGUGGUUGGGAUUGCAUCGUUGGACGGGCUAAUUACGUGUGCAAGCUUAAAGAAAAUCUUCCUACCUUAUCUGCUGCUCUUGAUGAACUGAAGGUUCGAAGGGAUGACGUGCAAUGGAAGGUUGAUCUGGAAGAACAACGGCUACUGAAGCGACUCCAUGAAGUUGAUCUAUGGCUUUCACAGGCGGCAACUAUGAUAACAGAGGCGGAAAAGUUGAUUGAAGAUGGCCGUCAACAAAGAAAUAACUUGUGUCUCGGCGGCUGCCUCUCCAAGAAUUGUCUGUCUACCUACAAGUUCGGGAAAAAGGUGGCCAAAAUACUUGAAGACAUAAAGGAUCACAUAAGUAAAGGAGUUUUUGACAAGGUAGCAGAGACUCAGCCCGCUCCUUCAGUUGUAUUACGACCCGAGGAGCGGCCAAUUGCUCUUGAAUCCACAUUCGAAAAGGCAUGGAGUUGCAUCAUGGACAAAGAUGUGGGGAUCAUUGGCCUCUACGGCACAGGAGGCGUUGGAAAGACAACACUCUUGACCCAAAUCAACAACAAGUUCAGCACCACACCACAGGGUUUCGACAUUGUAAUCUGGUCGCUGGUGUCUAAAGAUUACAAUGUUGAAAAGAUUCAAGACAGGAUUGGUGGGAAAAUUGGGUUUUCGGAUGAAUCUUGGAAAAAUAGAAGUGUUGACCAAAAAGCUGAAGAUAUCUAUGGAGUCUUGCGCCACAAGAGAUUUGUUGUAUUAUUGGAUGAUCUAUGGGAGAGGGUGGAUUUGAACAAAGUUGGGAUUCCAAAACCAACCCAAGAAAAUGGUUCCAAACUAAUUUUCACCACUCGAUUAAAAGAGGUUUGUGGCGAAAUGGAAGCUCGACAUAAUUUUAGAGUGGAGUGUCUGAAAUUCAAGGACGCUUGGAAAUUAUUCCAAGACAAGGUUGGAGAUGAAACCCUCAAUAGCCAUCCAGAUAUUCCGAAAUUAGCCGAGCAAGUAGCCAAAGAGUGUGAUGGACUGCCUCUUGCACUGAUUGCGAUCGGCCGUGCCAUGGCUUGCAAGACAACACCUGGGGAAUGGAAAUAUGCAAUUGAGAAGUUGAAGCGAUCGGCGUUACCCAAAAUGGAAAAUGAGGUAUUUCCGCUUUUAAAAUUCAGUUAUGAUUAUCUAGAUCACACAAUGAAAUGCUGCCUCCUAUACUGUUGCCUGUAUCCUGAAGAUUAUACUAUUCCCAAAAGGAGAUUGGUGGAGUAUUGGUUUUGUGAAGGGUUGUUGAAUGAAUUUGAUAGAAUUAGUGAAGCUCAAAUGCAAGGAGACUACAUUGUCAACUCUCUUCUCAGUGCCUGUUUAUUGGAAAGAGGUGGAGAAGAACGUGUGAAGAUGCAUGAUGUGAUCCGUGACAUGGGUUUGUGGAUAGCAUGCGAGGUUGAAGAGAAAGAGAAGAGUUUUUUUGUAAAAUCAGGGGCUCAAUUAUUCGAGGAGCCAGCUUUUAGGGCAUGGGAAGGUGCAAAAAGGAUGUCGGUGAUGAAAAAUCAGAUUAAAGUUCUCAAAGGAACCCCUAAAUGCCCUAAUCUUCAAACUUUGUUUCUUAGCGAAAAUAACUUGCGGGUGAUCAGCGAUGGCUUCUUCCAGUUUAUGCCUCAUCUAACUGUUUUGGAUUUGUCGGCGAACAUUGAAUUAGAAGGACUACCAAAGGGAAUUUCACGAUUGAUUUCUCUAGAAUGUCUUGAUCUAUCUGGGACUGGUAUAACAGAGUUGCCAAUGGAGUUGGAAUCUUUGACAAAACUGAAAAUGUUGGACUUGACUGGCAUGUUUCUCAGAAGAAUCCCACAGAAUUUGAUAUCUAGUUUUUCCGAGUUGCAAAUAUUCAGGUUGGGGCAUCUGUCAAGUGGAGUUUAUCCCGAGGAAGACAAUGUUUUGGAUGGGGGUGAUAAUGAAAAGCUCAUAGAGGAAUUGAAAAAUCUGAAACAUCUGAAUAGACUAGGGAUAAUAAUACAAAGCAUGUCUGCUCUACAAAGAUUUCUAAGCCACCACUUGUUUCGAUGCAGCACCGAAGCACUAGACUUGGGGUAUUUUAGGGAGACAAAUGUGUUUAAUGUUUUAUGUUUAGAAAACAUGGAGCGUCUGGAGAGGUUAGAAAUCUUUGGCUGUGGAAACAUGGAGGAGAUGAAAAUGGAAAAACUGCAUACCAGGGGUUCUCCGAGUACUAAUUAUACUUCAGGCUUCCACACGUUGAGGGAAGUUAGUAUUGUAACAUGUCAAAAAUUGAAGGACGUUACCUGGCUGUUUCUUGCUCCAAAUCUCAGGUCUCUUUCGAUAGCUGGGUGUGCAAAAAUGGAAGAAAUACUGAGCGAGGGAAGACUCGGAGAAGUUGCAGAUGUGGUGGGAAUUCCAUUCACUACACCAUUUCUGAACCUUCAAACACUAAGUCUCUGUGCACUACCGGGAUUGAAGAGCAUAUACUGGGAUGCCCUACCCUUCCCAUGUCUGAAACGUAUUGAAAUAGUCGUUUGUCCAAAACUGAAGAAGCUUCCUCUCAACUCUGACAGUGCAAAAGGGAAUCACAUCACCAUUAGGGGAUACCCAUACUGGUGGGAACAGCUAGAAUGGGAGAAUGAAGCCACUCGAAAUGCUUUUAUGCCAUCUUUUCAAGCACGUGUUUAUUGA